AUGUGGACAAGUGGAAAUAAAGUUAUUGAUGAAUUUAUACAAGGAACUCAAUUAAAAGCAUUGAAUUUUUAUGAUGCCAUAGAAUGGAUACAAUUUAAUAAACUUAAAGAUAUUAAAUAUUUAGAUAGAGGCGGAUUUAGUAAAGUAUAUUCGGCAAUAUGGACUGAUGUAUAUAUAACAAGUUGGGAUCAUCAAAUAAAACAAUGGAAAAGAUAUGGUGAAAUGUCAGUAGCUUUAAAAUGUUUGGAUAAUUCUCAUAAUAAGUUUGAAGAGUUUUUACAAGAGUCUCAUAUAAAUAUAGAAUAUGGAAGAUGCACUAUAUGGUGUCAUGGAUUAACUAGAGAUCCAGAGACUAAUAAUUUUAUGAUGGUUUUAGAAUGUUUACGCCCAUCAAUUAAAAGUGAAAUACCAUAUCUAUUUAAUCAGCUUAUUAAUCAAUGUUGGGAUACUAUACCAAUAAACCGUCCAAAUGCAAGUACAUUGCUAGCAAUAAUUAAUAAUUGGAAAAUAGAAAUAGAUGAUCCAAAUUCAGAAUUAUAUGUACAAAUUAAAAAAAUCCGAGGGACUAAAAAGUGA